AUGGUGGACGGAGGAAAGGUACGAACCGAAGACGGAGGCGCUGAAAGCCAGAAACUUGGAGGUUGUGGGCCUCACAACACAUGGCCCAAUAAACAUGUUAGCCCAGCUUUGAGGGUUAGCGAAGUUCUUGCUCGAUCUGGUUUAUCAUGGCUUCAGUGGGAUCAUCCUAUUGGUGCUACAGAUGCAAUCAGACUCGUACUCACUCUCCUUUCCAUCGAUUCCCGUCGCCAUCAGUGUACGUCGACGACGAGUCUAGCUCCGAGCAAGGAGCUAGCCCUAGAAUCCGCCGUGGCCCGAGGAAACGCAGGCGAUCGAUCCCCUUUUAACCCAGUUAUUGUCCUCAGUGGACCCGCCGAUGGCGGUGGCGGUGGAAAUGAAGGGGUUGGUAUUGAAAGAGGGAACUUUGAGCUUUAUUACAAUGAAGGUACAGGUUCGGGUCUUCGGCCACUUCCUGCAAGCGUCACUGAUUUCUUAAUGGGUGCUGGAUUUGACCACCUUCUUGACCAGUUGACUCAUUUAGAAGUCACGGGAAUCGGACGUUUACAUCAAACUCCAGCAUCAAAAUCUGCAAUUGAAUCGAUGCCCAUAGUCAAGAUUGUUGCCACACAUGUUUCGGCGGAAUCACAUUGUGCAGUUUGUAAGGAACCCUUCGAGCUUGACUCGGAUGCUCGUGAAAUGCCUUGUAAGCACAUUUACCAUUCCGAUUGUAUCCUUCCAUGGCUUUCAAUUCGUAAUUCAUGUCCAGUUUGUCGCCAUGAGUUACCUACUGAGAUGCGUGGGAGUAGUAGUGGCAGAAACUCUCCCGUAUCUGACGGUGGAAGGGAUGAUCAUACUGUGGGAUUAACUAUAUGGAGACUACCUGGUGGCGGUUUUGCUGUAGGAAGGUUCACGGGUGGAAGAAGAGCUGCCGAACGUGAACUUCCUGUUGUAUAUACAGAAAUGGAUGGUGGAUUCAAUAGUGUGGGUGUUCCACGGAGGAUAUCUUGGGAAGCGAGUGUGAGGAGAUCAAGGGAGACUCGGGGAUUAGGUAGUGCUUUCCGGAACUUCUUCUCACACUUCGGGUGGCUUAGGACUUCCUUCUCUCGUUCUUCCAGAACUGAUUCAAAUGUGAGCCGAAGAACUCGAUCCAAUACAAUAUUAUCUAGAUUCUCAAGAAGGCGCAACUAGGCCUGGUCUAUGGAUAAUACAUAUGGUCAAACUUCAUAUUCUGUUUUCUUCUUCUUUCCCCUCAGAAAUAUAAUUAAAUUUUUAUUUUAUAUUGUA